GCGGUGCUUGGUGCUUCCUCCAUGUGUGCUUGUUGGGGUUCAAGGCAGCUGCCAUUAAAGUGUAAGUAGUGUAUAUUUCAAUGUUCUAAGAGAAGAUUCAUUCGAUUUUGCUCAUCGUGUGUGUGUGUGUGUGUGUGUGUGUGUGAGAGAGAGAAAGAGAGAGGGAGAGAGAGAGAGAGAACGGCCAAGAGGUAAGUCUCCAACCCCGCUACUGGCCUAACGCUACUUCCAUUGAUAGGAUGAGCAAAAUCGAAUGGAGGUGGGCGGAAGGGAGGCGCUUGGAAGGGGGUUGGGCAAAGGGUAUGUACGGGGAAGGGGGAGAAGGGAGGUGGAGGAGGGGAAGAGGGACGAGGGAGGAACGAGGAGUGGGAGGAGAACGGGAUGAGCAACAAGAAGAAGAAGAAGAAGAAGAAGAAGAAGAAGAAGAAGAAGAAGAGGGGGAGGUAGACGAGAAAGCCGAAGAGGAGGGAAAGGGGGAGAAAGCAGUCGAGGAGCAGGAGGAGAAGGAUGAGGAGGAAGCGGACGAGAAACCCGAAGAGGAGAGGAGGAUAAAGGCAAGGAGGAGGAUGAGGGGAAAGGCAAGUGGAAAAGAGGGAGGUGGAGGGAGGAGGUGGCCAAAAAACGGAGCAACUACCUUUGUGGGAACUGGGUGCAACCACAACGGGAGAGGUUCUCCAGGUUUGCGGAAACCCACGGGACUGCUGUGGGAUCCAGGAAUAGACGGGUGCAAGUCAGAAGGGGUCGGCGGAUGCACAAGGCAGAGGAAACUCACCUGGACAGAGGUGGAGGCCGGCGGAGGAGGGAGGAAGGUCAACAACCUUUGUGGGAACUGGGCGCAACCACAGCAUGAGAGGUUUUCCAGAUGGUCAUUGAUCGCCUCCAAGAUACCCCGCAAGACGAACAAGCAUUGUCGACGAAGAUGGCAGGCAUGUAUGAAUGCUUCUGGCAACAAGGGAGUGUGGACGGCUGAAGAGGAUGCCAAGCUUCUUGAGCAAGCAGUAGCUCCUCAGAGCCAUUUCGAGAUUGUGACGAGGUUUCUACUGGGUCAGCAAUGUUCGGCAAGUGGUUUUCUCAGGGAUCAAGGGAUAAGGGCCAUGCUGGGAAUUGUAGUAGGGGCUUUGAUUUAAAUAGUGUUCAAAAUGGUGACGACAGCGGGGACAGCUUGCCAACACAAGCAUGCUCACAUCAUCAUCGAGACUUUUUUCGCCUUAGCCGCGGCAACUGCUGCACUAGCAGAUCGCAACGGGUGGCACUCGACCUCAAUCUACCAUGCAACCCUUACGACUGCAGGUUUGACUAUUAGAUGAGUGUUGCUUGAUCAGACCAUCUGGUGGUUGAUGAGUGGAUGGAGAUGGAGAGACAAGCGAAGAAUAUGACGCAAGGGUGUGGCCAUAGAGUGAAAGGGUAAUUUCAGCACAGUGGCCAAAGGAUGCAGGUUGAGGGAGGGGCCUCGCUCCACGACACGACAAUCUAUAUGGUAUAGCUGCUGGGCUUCAUGAUCGUCCCGACACGUCCAAAAUUUCCCAAUGUUUGUGUCUUCCUACUGCAACUGGUACACAAAGGCGUCCAAAUGCAUGUACAAUGCUGCGUAGUGGAGCGAGGCCCAAUUAUAUUUUCAUACCUCUACUUCCCUGGUGAAGAUAAUCAAUUGCGUUGUCCAGA